AUGGUUCUCGCACGCCCUCAUAUCCUCCGCGCAUCUGCUAGGGCCGUCGGUGCCGGCAUUAACGUCGCAGCUCGCCGACCUCCCACACAGCAAUUCGCUCGCAGGGGUUACGCUCAAUCGCAUGACGCUCCCAAGUCCUCCGAUCUGCCAUGGCUCAUCGCAUCUCUUGGUCUUGGUGUCCCAACAGCAUUCUACCUCCUUCAGUCCGGACCCAAGAAGACCCCUCAUCACGGCCAUGAGGCUCACGGCGCUGGCCACGUCGAGAAGGAAGAGAAGGCCCCUGCCGGUGAAGCUACUCCCCAGCCUGAUCGCGACGCAGAGCAAAAGACAGAUACGUCUUCCUCGUCUGCGGAGAGCACGCCGUCAACGGACGGAAAGCCGCCCUCGGAGGCAGACCAGCCCUCCAGUCGCAAGGACAGUGGUAACUCGGCUACCAUCUCUGGCAAGCAGGAGGGUCUCUCUAACACUAACACGGACAACCCGUACGUGAACGAGCCUGGAAAGAGUGCAAAGGGUGAGGGAGAAACCGAGAGCGCCAAGGUGAAGGGGACCGUUUCCCCCGAGCGCCCCCAGGCUUGA